CACAAAGGUGAUAGCGAAGACCGGAAAUCCAUAAACCCAAAAACCCUUUGAACCUUUCUUCUUCAUCCAUUUCCCUCCCUCACUCAUUCAUCUCUACUCUCCCAAAUGCUAAAAUUCUUCAUUUCUUUUCUCUGCUCCUAAAUCCCAACCAUUCCUAUGGACCUCAUCUGUGCUUCUCUCCCAUUACCCAACAAAUCCCACUCUCAAUUCUUAUCCCCUUAUUUUUCUACUCCCUUCAGAACCAGGUACCCAAUCCGCCCUCGCAGGUGCAACUUCAUAUUCACCAGAAAAUGCCUCAAUUUGGUCUCAAAUGGGAGUCGGCUACAAUUUCUUGGCUUCCCAACAGGACCCAGAAGCUCCAAGGCUUUACAACAACGUGGAGUAGUUGACAAAUCGAUUUCCGAGGACUUUAGUGUCUCAAAUUUCGUUAGUUUGUCUAUACAUGAUAACAAGAUUGAUGAGUCUAUGCUCAAUUGUAUUGCCAAGCCAGUUGUGUAUACAUUAUUCUGUAUUGCUGUUGGAUUUGUUCCCUUUAGGACAGUUAAAGCUCCUGCAAUUGCCGCUCAAGUAGUUGCGGACAGGGUUUUUGACAAGAAAGCCUAUGAGGAGGUUGAAUCAAACUUGAGGGGUCAUGAGUACUCAGAAUUCACGAGGCAGUUGCUCGAGGCGGUGUCAUAUGUAUCGAUGAGUAUAGAAGAGGCUAGAAAGGGUAAUUGCAGUGUAGAACAGGUGGAGAUGGCAUUGAAGACUGUGAAGUUGUAUAAAGUGAAACUGCAAGAAGGAAUUUUGAACUAUCUUCAUACACAACUGAGGGAUCUAAAGAGGGAGAAGGUGGGUUUGGAAAGGAGAUUGGAGGGGGUUGUUAAUGAGGUGGUGGAAGCUAAGUGGGAGUAUGAGAGGUUGGUGGAGAAAAUGGGGUCUAGUAGGAAGGAGUCCAAGGAGAGGAUGGACAGGGAGAGGAUGGCCAGGUUGGAGCAGAUAAUGAGAAUGUUGGAGGUGGAGUAUAAUGAGAUAUGGGAGAGAGUAGGGGAGAUUGGGGAUAUUAUUUUCAGGAGAGAGACCGUAGCAUUGAGUUUUGGGGUGAGGGAGCUAUGCUUCAUUGAGCGGGAAUGUGACCAACUGGUGAAGAGAUUUACCCGGGAAAUGAGAGCCAGAGGGAAGGAUACUAACAGAAUGCCAAAACAAGUUCUGACAAAGCUGUCUAAAGAUUAUAUUAAAAAAGAAUUGGAAAGUACGCAAAGAAAAAGGUUGGAGCAGAGUAUUCUUCCAACUGUUGUGGACGGUGUCAGUCUUGGAAAUUUUUUAGAUCAAGAAGGAGUUGAUUUUGCUCGACGUAUAAGUGAAGGUCUUAACCAUUCUAGGAGGCUGCAGCAGGACAUGGAGGCACGUAUGAGAAAGAACAUGAAGAAGUUUGGUGCUGAAAAACGUUUUGUUGUUAACACUCCGGAGGAUGAGGUGGUGAAGGGUUUUCCAGAAGUUGAGUUGAAGUGGAUGUUUGGCCAUAAGGAAGUUGUGGUUCCUAAAGCUAUUAGUCUCCAGUUAUACCAUGGCUGGAAGAAAUGGCGUGAAGAAGCUAAGGCAGAUUUGAAAAGAAACCUAUUAGAAAAUGUGGAAUUUGGUAAAACAUAUGUGGCCGAGAGACAGGAACGUAUUCUUCUUGACCGAGAUAGAGUUGUGGCAAAUACUUGGUACAAUGAAGAAAAGAGACGAUGGGAAAUUGAUCCAGUGGCUGUUCCCUAUGCUGUGUCAAAGAGGCUAGUAGAUCAUGCCCGAAUACGGCAUGAUUGGGCUGUCAUGUAUUUUACACUAAAAGGGGAUGACAAGGAAUUUUACUUGGACAUUAAGGAAUUUGACAUGCUAUUUGAAGAUUUUGGAGGUUUUGAUGGGCUAUAUAUGAAAAUGCUUGCCUGUGGCAUACCGUCUACUGUUCACCUGAUGUGGAUCCCAUUCUCGGAAUUGGACAUCUAUCAACAGUUCACCCUGGUCUUAAGGAUAUCUCAGGGUUGCUUGAAUGCAUUGUGGAAGACUAGAUUUCUUUCGUCCUGGAGAAGUCGGGUUUUCGAGAAGAUAAAUAAUGUGUUCGCGGACUUCAUGAUAAUGAUUGUAUUUCCUACUGUGGAAUUUUUAGUCCCAUAUUCGAUAAGACUCCGGUUAGGGAUGGCAUGGCCAGAGGAAAUAGAUCAAACUGUUGAUUCUACAUGGUACUUGAAAUGCCAAUCUGAGGCAGAAUUGAGUUUUAGAUCUAGAAAAAGAAACGGCAACUGGUGGUUUCUUUUGUUCAUGAUUAGAAGUGCUAUAUGUGGAUAUAUAUUGUUCCAUAUCUUAUCCUUUACGAGGAAAGAAGUACCAAGGCUUCUUGGUUAUGGUCCUGUUCGUAGGAAUCCAAAUUUGCGGAUGUUGGGAAGAGUGAAAUUUUAUCUUAAAUGUAGGAUGAGGAACAUCAAACAUAAGAGGCGAGCUGGUGUUGAUCCAAUUACACAUGCAUUUGAUGGAAUGAAGAGGGUAAAAAAUCCACCAAUACCUUUGAAAGAUUUUUCUAGUAUUGAGUCAAUGAAAGAGGAGAUCAAUGAAGUUGUGGCAUUUCUACAAAAUCCUCGUGCUUUCCAAGAAAUGGGUGCACGUGCCCCUCGGGGGGUCUUAAUUGUUGGUGAGAGCGGAACAGGAAAGACAUCUCUUGCACUGGCCAUAGCUGCAGAAGCAAAAGUACCAGUUGUUACAGUUAAAGCCCAAGAAUUAGAGCCUGGACUAUGGGUUGGGCAGAGUGCAUCCAAUGUCCGGGAAUUAUUCCAAACUGCAAGAGAUUUGGCACCUGUGAUCAUAUUUGUGGAGGAUUUUGACCUCUUUGCUGGAGUUCGUGGCAAGUUUAUUCAUACCAAAGAACAGGAUCACGAGGCUUUCAUUAACCAACUUCUUGUGGAGCUUGAUGGGUUUGAGAAGCAAGAUGGAGUAGUUUUGAUGGCCACCACUCGGAAUUUGAAGCAAAUUGAUGACGCUUUACAGCGGCCUGGGCGGAUGGAUCGAGUAUUUCAUCUUCAAAGUCCAACACAAUAUGAAAGAGAGAAAAUACUACAAAUUGCUGCGGAAGAAUUCAUGGAUGAGGAGCUCAUUAAUUAUGUAGAUUGGAAAAAGGUUGCUGAGAAGACGGCCCUUUUACGACCUGUGGAACUAAAGCGUGUCCCACUUGCCUUGGAAGCAAGUGCUUUUCGGAGCAAGUUCCUUGACACCGAUGAACUGAUUAGCUACUGUAGCUGGUUUGCAACUUUCAGUGGUGUUGUUCCUGAGUGGGUGCAGAAAACCAGAAUAGUAAAAAAACUAAACAAAAUGUUGGUAAAUCAUCUGGGAUUAACACUGUCUAAAGAAGAUCUUCAAAAUGUGGUUGAUCUGAUGGAACCAUACGGUCAAAUAAGCAAUGGAAUUGAACUUCUCAAUCCUCCUCUUGAUUGGACAAGGGAGACAAAGUUUCCACAUGCUGUUUGGGCAGCUGGUCGUGGUCUUAUUGCCCUUCUAUUACCGAAUUUUGAUGUCGUGGAUAAUUUGUGGCUUGAGCCAUUGUCUUGGCAGGGUAUUGGAUGUACAAAGAUCAGUAAGCGAAGAGACAAAGGAUCCAUUAAUGGGAAUUCAGAAUCAAGAUCGUACCUAGAAAAGAAGCUUGUUUUUUGCUUUGGUUCAUAUAUAGCAGCUAAAAUGCUGCUUCCUUUUGGAGAAGAAAAUUUCCUAUCUUCGUAUGAGUUAAAGCAGGCACAAGAGAUUGCAACAAGAAUGGUGCUUCAGUAUGGCUGGGGACCAGAUGAUAGUCCAGCAAUUUACAGCCGAAACAAUGCAGUUUCUUUUUUGAGUAUGGGUGAUAACUGUGAAUAUGAAGUGGCAGCUAAAGUUGAGAAGAUUUAUGAUUUAGCAUAUUCUAGAGCGAAGGAAAUGUUGGGGAAGAACCGUCAAGUUCUUGAAAAGUUUGUUGAAGAAUUACUAGAGUUUGAAAUUCUUACUGGGAAGGUUUUGGAGAGAUUAAUUGAAACCAAUGGAGGAAUUAGGGAGAAAGAACCAUUUUUUCUUUCCGAAUACUACGAUAGAGAGCCAUUGACUGGUGGAUUUCUUGAAAGUGCAAACUCAUCGAGAACUGCUCUUUCAAGUCCAGGAGAAAAAUGAGUGCGAUUUGGAACUAAACCAUAUAUUACAAAAAGGGUGAAUAUGGGUUGCUCAUAUUUUUCAUUGCCAUUUUUCAUCCUAUAAUUAAUUCAAGUAGGGAUGAGAUGUAAUCUAGAUGUGCUGUGGCCAGAGGUGAGAUGUAAUUGGUGUACAGAACAAGGUUUUUGUGUGGGAAGAGGCACCAUUUUUGCUUGGCCACAGGAUUUUGUAACGCUUCUUGAACUCAAAUAUCUACAAUGAUGUUUUGAAAUAUCAAAGGAAUAAUUUAUGAAUGAAAAGUUAAUCUUUUUACCACCCA